GCGCGGGCCCCGCCGCCCAGGCCGCCGCAGGCCCGAUUCGGUGGGCUCACCAUGACAGGCCCCGCGCCCGGGCGGCGGCUGCGGUGGCUGGCCGCGCUGGCCCUGGUCCUGGCGCUGGCCGCGGGGCUCCUCCCAGCCGGGGCCGGGCAGGCGCCGCGCCCUGCCGAGCGGGGUCCUCCGGUGCGGCUCUUCACGGAGGAGGAGCUGGCCCGCUACGGCGGGGAGGAGGAAGAUCAGCCCAUCUACAUGGCAGUCAAAGGGGUGGUGUUCGAUGUCACUUCUGGAAAGGAGUUUUACGGACGAGGAGCCCCCUACAAUGCCUUGACCGGGAAGGACUCCACCAGAGGGGUGGCCAAGAUGUCCCUGGAUCCUGCAGACCUCACCCACGACACUACGGGCCUCACAUCCGAGGAGCUGGAAUCCCUGGAUGAUGUCUUCACCAAAGUGUACAAAGCCAAAUAUCCCAUCGUUGGCUACACAGCCCGAAGAAUCCUCAACGAGGACGGCAGCCCCAACCUGGACUUCAAGCCUGAAGACCAGCCCCAUUUCGACAUAAAGGACGAGUUCUGAUCUGCAGGAGACCGUUCUCGGGGGGGUGAGGCAGGGAGACACUCAGAUGCAAACUCUCCUGCAAAACAGGCUGCUGGGGCCUCUGGUCACCGGAUCUGAAUAAAGCAGACGUUUAACCUGGAA